AUGUCCCUCCGCGCCCUACUCGGCCGCGUUUUUGCGCUCCUUCUCCCGCUCACACUCGCGGCCUCCGUCUACCUAUACCUCUACCCGGUUUUCAAUGGCUGUGGCUUCCCACUGUCUCGAGUCUCGUCCAAAAGUCCCCAAAGCUCCUCGGUCCUCGAUAAGAUACAGCAUAAUGUGGCCGUCAACACCUUCCUCCAACACCUCCGCACCCCGGACGUCGCGUCGGACACCCAACCGGCCAUCUUUCGGCUGCUAGUUCUUGCAGACCCCCAGCUUGAGGGCGAUACCUCCCUGCCAUUGCCUGAUUGGAAGCUUGUUCCCCGUCUGCGCACGCAUUGGCGUGCCGUCCAGGGAGCUGUGGCCGAAGCCUCGACGGCUACGCCGCUCCCGCAGGCGCUUCUGGAUCCGAACGUCCUGGGGAAUAUCACAAUGGGGGUGAGGUCAUUCGUUAGCGAGGAUAUACCACGGUCCCUAUGGGCAACGCUGAAACAGUUAGAUUUGGUGGGCAACGACUACUAUCUCGCCCACAUCUACCGGACCCUGUUCUGGUGGACUCGGCCGACGCAUACGACGGUGCUGGGGGACCUUCUGGGGAGCCAAUGGAUUGAUGAUGCAGAGUUCUCGUCGCGCAGCGAGCGAUAUUGGACGCGAGUGUUCCGCGGUGGAGAGCGCGUGGACGAUCAUAUUACCUGGACAGGUGGUGUUCUUGGCAACCAAGGAAAUACCAAGCAGCAAUUGGAGCCCCUGGGCCCAGACGCCGACCCAGCAUGGCCGAGACGCAUAAUCAACGUCGCCGGCAAUCAUGACAUUGGAUACGCAGGCGAUGUGAGCGAGGCGCGAAUGCACCGCUUCGAGCGCGAGUUUGGUCGCGCCGAUUGGGAUAUCCGCUUCCAGCAUCCCCCGGUUUCGCGCGGGGGCAAUGCAUCUAAUCAGUCGGUUAUCACGCCGACAUUGCAUCUCAUUAACCUAAACACCCUCAUAUUCGACACGCCUGCUUUGUCUCCGGACCUUCAGACCCGCAGCUACUCCUACCUGAACGACCUGAUUAGCAAGCGCCUCUACCCAGUUGAGGACCGGUCAACGUUCACCCUGCUUCUUACACACCUUCCAAUGCACAAAGAAGAUGGUGUCUGCACUGACGGGCCCUAUUUCACUUUCCAUGAAGACGACGACAACAGCGGACCGGACGGUGUUCCGCGCUGGAAGGCUGGUGGCCUGAAAGAGCAGAACCACCUCAGCGAUCAUGUCAGUGCAACUGGAAUCCUGCAGGGCAUUUUCGGAUUGAAUGGCGAUGAAAAUGCACCGUACGGUGGCUAUGGCCGAAAGGGGCUUAUCCUCACCGGCCACGACCAUACCGGCUGCGACAUUAUCCACUAUAUCAACCAUACCGCCAAAGAUCAAGGCGAGGGCGAGCAAGGAACCGACGACUCUUCUCAGGGCUGGAAGUGGGCCUCCAAACGCUAUAAUAAGUACAGGCCAGGAACCACCGAUACCCCCUCCAUCCGCGAGGUAACCCUCCGCUCGAUGAUGGGCGAGUUUGGUGGUAAUGCCGGCCUUCUCUCAGCUUGGUUCGAUACCAGUCUUGGCGAGUGGAAUUAUGAGAUGACACUAUGCCCGGCUGGUGUGCAGCAUAUCUGGUGGGCAGUGCAUGUGCUUGUCUUGGUGACGUUGAUUGUUGGACUUCUUUGGUUCAUUGCUGGGUUGCUGGGGGCUGGUGAAUCCAGCACAGCACAGACGGCGUGCUUGGAUCCGCCAACGUUGAAGGGACAGGAGUGUGUCGAUAAGUCCCCAAGGGGACGGACGCCUCGGAAGGCCCGUGGCCAUGAUGAUUUGAAGAAAUAA